AUGAACAACGCGAAGUUAUUAUUAAUAUUUUUCACUAUAUCAGCGCCAGUCCGACUGGUACCGGUAGCGGAUGCUGCCCGCAUACUCGGCUUCUUUUCGACCGGCACCAAAUCACAUUUGCUCAUACACUGCAGCAUUGCCGAACAGCUGGCACGCGCUGGUCACGAGGUUACCGUAAUUGGCAUUACCGAAAAUGUUUACCCAAAUGCUAGCUACAAACACAUAAGACUACAGCUCAGCGAUGUCAGCGUGGAGUAUGCGAAAACUUUGUUCGAUGUGGUUAAUGGGCGUAUGUCCUUUCUGAAGACCGUCACAGUGCGAAUGCGUCAAUAUAUGAACAGAGCGGAUGAGAUCAUGCUGCAUCCAUGGAUGCGUGAGUUUUUGCGUAACAGUCGUGCCGGCGAUUACGAUUUGUUGCUCUUCGGUUUCCUUAUGAACGAAUAUCAAAUUGGUUUAGCUGCACAUUUUCGUUGUCCCAUUGUCAUGACCUGGGUGAUACAGCCAGCUCUACAAAUCCAUCGAUUUGUAGGAAAUCCCCAACAGUUGUCGUACGUACCAUCAUUUAUCAGUGCUUUCAAACAACCUAUGGAUUUUAUGGAACGAGUGAAGAACUUUUUGGUAACGCAAUUCGAGCAAAACGUGUUAGUGCCCUAUUUGGAUUACAGCACACAAAAGUUAUAUGAGUAA